AUGGCAUUUGUGAAGAGUGGAUGGCUGCUUCGGCAAAGUACAAUUUUACGGCGCUGGAAGAAGAACUGGUUUGACCUGUGGUCUGAUGGGCGCUUAAUAUUCUAUGAUGAUCAGAGCCGCCGCGAUCUAGAAGAUAAAAUCCACAUGAGAAUCCACUGCAUCAACCUCAGAGUGGGGAGUGAAUGUCGAGAUUUCCAACCUCCAGAAGGGAAGCAGAGAGACUGUUUACUGCAGAUUGUUUGCCGCGAUGGGAAGACAGUGAACCUCUGUGCAGAGAGUGCAGAUGACUGCCUGGCAUGGAAAAUUGCUCUCCAGGAUGCCAGAACAAACACAGGGUAUGUGGGAUCUGAUGUGAUGUAUGAUGAGACAGCCAUUUCCUCGGCCCCUCCUCCCUACACAGCUUAUGCCACACCAUCACCUGAGGAAGGUCGAUACUUUCAAUGUCCCCAGGUGUAUGGCUAUGGCUAUGAGCAGUACCAUGGUGUGUAUCCCCCUGCGGGGCCUCAGAUCUUCUAUGCCUCCAACGGACAAGCUUAUGCUGUUCCCUAUCAGUAUCCAUACCAAGGACCUUAUGGCCAACCCCCUGCAAACCAUGUCAUCAUUCGAGAGCGUUACCGUGACAGCGAUGGAGAUCUUGCCCUGGGAAUGCUUGCUGGAGCAGCAACUGGAAUGGCUCUGGGAUCACUAUUCUGGGUCUUCUAGAUUACCCAUUCCUUGUCUCUGUAGUUUCAAAAACCUUUAUUGUGUGCAAUAAUAUAUUGGCAAUGUUGUUUACUGUUAAACUUUAAGAAAUGCAAUAGCUGUUUUUCAGUAGUGACAUCUUAAUAACUGUUUCUUAACUGUCUUAACCAGAGUUUAAAGGCACCAUCUAGUUAGGUGGUUGGAGAUGGCAUGUGCUGUUCCUGAAUUCUGUUCUGAUGUUCAGAGUUACAAGGAUCAGUAUGAGCGCUAGUGUCACCUG